CGAGGGCCGCUGCACGCCAGGGUGCGUGCCAGGGCACAGGGUCGAGGGAGCCUGGUGGCCCCCUCCCCAGAGACGACACUGUGCUCCUGCAUUCGGGUGGUAAGAGUGCACAGCCGUGCCUAAAACCAGCUCUGAAGUGGGUUUGCGCUUGUCGUUUUCCACACGCUCUGUCGGUGUUGCUGUGUGACUUUGUGUCAGGCCCUGGGGGUUGGUGAUGGCAAGGUCAAUCUCUGCCCUUCACCAGCUUUUACGUGGGGGCUCAGGCAGGUUCAGUUUGAACCUAAAUGCACUAAGUGCUCGCUCACCGACAGAGGGAGUGAGCGUCAGCAAAGGUACCUGAGGGCAUGGUGUUAGCUGUCCAGCCACUCUGGCCCAUAGAACUUUCCUGAUGAGGGGGAUGUUCUGUGCUGUCCAGGAGGGUAGCCCCUGGCCCUUGGAAUGUGACUGGUGCCGCUGAGGUGCUGAACUUCAGUUUCAUUGUUUUUAACUUAACCAGCCACAGUUCAUACAGCAAUGCAGGUGCAGAGAAAUUAAUGCGGGCGCUUAGAAUCACAUUACCCAGAGCUGAGCACUUUUAACACUUCUGUGUGGCCUCUAUCUUCCACAUGCUGUAUACUAUUUUAACAGUUGUGUUAGGGGAAGAAAUGCUCAGAAAUGGCAGGGUUGGCCCGGCACCCCUCUGCCCUCUUUCCAUUUUUGCCAAGUUAAAAAUGGACAUCCCGUUCUAGUAAUGGCCAGUGCCCUGGGCUCUUCCCCUGUGCCAUGCACUGGGUAGUUAGGCCUUUUAGGUAUAUCAGCUUAUUUAAGUCUCACGGUUCUAGAGGGGGUGUUGUUUCCAUUUUGCGGAGGUAGGGACAGACUGCAGGACGUUGACUGUUGCCCGGGGUCAUAAACCCAGUUAGCGGCAGAGCGCACUCCUCACGCGGGUCUGUGUGGUGCUUGUAACCCCCGUGCAUGUGUCUGUGGUGGUGGGGUUCACGCGUCUCCCCCGCCCUUGGCCUGCUCGCAGAGCGCUGUUGCUGCCCCGUGUGGAGCAGCCCCACACUGCUGCCUGGUCCUUGACUUCUGGGACAUGUGUACAUCUCCUUACGAUCCACAGGUACUUGAGUACUGGCUGUCCCAGACUGCCGCAUCUUUCCUGUUGACUCAUAUUUGGUUCCUCCAGGGAGAAUUUUCCUUAGAAAAAUGCUGCCUCCAAAAUACUUGUCCGCCACCAAGCCCAGGAGGUCCUGGGCCCCAGACCUGCGUGGGCUGGACGGCGCCUUGUCUGGGGAGCCGGACGCCGCCCUAGGAGAAGGCGCCGCUGACUCUGAGUUCUUUCAUCAGAGGUUUCGGAACUUCCUCUACGUGGAGUUUGCUGGGCCUCGGAAGACCCUGCUCAAACUCCGAAACCUCUGCCUCGAUUGGUUGCAGCCGGAGACUCGCACCAAGGAGGAGAUUAUCGAGCUCCUGGUCCUUGAGCAGUACCUGACCAUCCUUCCAGAAAAGAUCAAGCCUUGGGUGCGGGCAAAAAAGCCGGAGAACUGCGAGAAGCUCGUCUCUCUGCUGGAAAAUUACAAGGAGAUGUACGAGCCGGAAGAUGACAGCAGCAGUGAUGUCCACAGUGACAGCAGCAUGAGCCGGAACGCAGCAGAGUCUCCGCCCCGCGCUGCCUACUCCUUCCGCGGUGACCGAGACCGGGACUGGGACCAGGACUGGGACCGAGACCGAGACCAGGACUGGGACCUGGAGCAGGACCGGGUGCGGGACCGGGAGCACCGCAGGGGCAGAAGCAGGGACCUGGAGUCUCGAGGCCGCUGGCCGUACGCCAGGAACCCCAGAAGCAGGUUUCCUCAGCGGGAUCUCUCCCUGCCCCUGACGGAGCAGAGCACGCUUGCCGAGGAGGGAGAGCACAGGCGCAGGGACUCCCUGCUGGACUGCGAAGCCGGGCCCCAGGAUGCAGUGUCGUACCAGGAUGUGGUGGACCUCGCCGAGGACCGGCAGCCGCAGAACCCGGUCCAGGACAACAUGGAGAACUACAGGAAGCUGCUCUCGCUGGGGGUUCAGCUUGCCGAAGACGAUGGCCACUCACACAUGACCCAGGGCCAUUCCUCGAGGUCAAAGAGAAGUGCCUACCCAAGCAGCAGCCGAGGUCUGAAAACUAUGCCUGAAACCAAAAAGUCCACCCACCGGCGGGGGAUCUGUGAAGAUGAGUCUUCCCACGGGGUGAUCAUGGAGAAGUUCAUCAGGGACGUUCCGCGCAGCCCCAAGUCGGGCAGGGCAAGGGGGCCUGGUGAUCGGGUGCAGAGGUUCUCCAGAAGGGCAGACAGUGGUUGGAAGGACGUUCCAUUCAGCAACAGGGAGUCGGUGAUCCAGGAGAGGGGCUAUGAAGGGAGUGCCUUUGGGGGAGGAGGCUUUAAUUUUAACUCAAACCUUGUUUCCAGAAAGAGGGUUCUUGAAAGAAAAAGGCGCUAUCAUUUUGACACAGACGGGAAGGGCUCAGUUCACAAGCAGAAAGGCUGUGCGAGGAAGAGGCCCUUUGAGUGCAGUGAGGUGAGGAGAGCUGUGAGCAUGAGCAGCCUGAGCGCGCCCCCGCUCCCCGACUCGCAGCCCUUUGACCUCGGGGCAAUGCCCUACGUGUGUGAUGAGUGCGGGAGGCCUUUCAGCGUGAUUUCCGAGUUUGUCGAGCAUCAGAUCAUGCACACCAGAGAGAGUCUGUAUGAGUAUGGCGAGUCCUUUCUGCAUAGCGUGGCCGUCAGCGAGGUUCGCAGGAGGCAGGUGGGAGGGAAGCGCUUUGAGUGUAAGGAGUGCGGGGAGACCUUCAACAAGAGCGCCGCCCUGGCCGAGCAUCGGCAGGGCCACUCGCGGGGGCGCCUGGCGGGGGGCGCGGACGAGGAGUGCGAGGAGCCCUUCAUGGCCAGCCCGACCUUCCGCGAGCUGCAGAAGAUCUAUGGCAAGGACAAGUUCUACGAGUGCAGGGUGUGCGGGGAGACCUUCCUCCACAGCUCGGCCCUGGUGGAGCACCAGCAGGUCCACGGCCGCGGGGGCAGAGAGGAUGGGCGCCGUGAGGCCCGUCGGCCCGUCCCGGCGCUCGGCGAGCUCCCGAAGACGCGCGGCUCGGAGAGGCGGUAUGAGUGCAGGGUGUGCGGGGAGGCCUUCCUCCAUGGCGCGGCCCUGAGGGGGCACCAGAGGGCCCACGCGCACAGCCCGCUCUCAAGUCAGGGCAGGGGGCGCGAGGAGGCCUUCACCCCUGGUCCGUCCCUGAAGAAACGUCAGAAAACCUACUCAAGAGAGAAGCCCUACGACUUUAAAGAUCCCGGGGAGGCCUUUAAAAGGCAAAGCCCAGGCCUCACUGAGCUUCAGAAAAUCCAUUCUCGAAAGAACCUCUACGAAGGCAGGGGGUGCCCGAAGUCUGCCAUUCACAGUGCGCCCUUCCUGGAGCCGCAGAAGAGUCACACCAUAACGAGGCCGCCCGAGGACGAGGAGGCCGGGAGUGCGUUCGCCGUCAGCGCCAGCCCUGCGGACAGGCAGGAAGCCCUGUGCCGUGCGAGAAAGCCGUAUGAGAGGUCUGUCAUUCACAGCUUAUCCUUUGCGGGAGCUCAGAAGAGCCACAGCGCGGCGGGGCCCGCCACGCCGGAAGUGGUCCCAGAGUCCCCCCUGCAAGGCUCAGGUGUCAUCCAGCGUCCAAAGGUCCUGGCUAGAGAGGGCAUCACUGAAAGAAAGAGACACGAGACGUCCGUUAUCCACAGCUUAGCCACCUUCAGGCCUCCCAGAAGCUGCAGUGGCAGCGAAGUCACUGGACGUGACGAGAGGGGGGAGUCCUCCGCUUACCUUCCAGACCUCCGUGGUCAGCAGCAGAAGACUCCUGCCAGAGAGAACCCUUACAGAGGGAGCAAGACGCCCAGCUUCACGGAGUCCGUCAUCCACAGCGUGUCCCAUAGUGAACCGCGGACGAGUCUGGCUGGAGAGGGAUCCAGUGGAUUUAAGAAGGAUGGCGAACCAUCUGGUCCCAGCUCAGGUGUCCGUGAACAUCAGAAGGCUCGUGCUAAGAAGAAAAACAUUGAGCAGAGGAAUUAUGAGACCUCUGUAAUCCACUCCCUGCGUUUUGGUGACCCUCAAACGUUUCGCCCUAGAGAGAAAUUUUAUGAAUGUCCAGAGUGUGGAGAGUCCUUUGUUCGUAGCUCCGACCUCACUGAGCAUCAGAAGAUACAUGAUAGAAAAAAGCCCUCUGGAAGUAAAAGCUACAUGCGGUCUGUCAUCCGCACCUUAGCCUCCACUGACCCUCAGACCAGUUACGCUGACCAGCCGGCUCAGACCAGCUGUGCAGACCAGCCGGCUCAGACCAGUUGUGCUGACCAGCCGGCUCAGACCAGUUACGCUGAACCACCAGCUCAGACCAGUUACGCUGACCAGCCAGCUCAGACCAGUUACGCUGACCAGCCGGCUCAGACCAGUUAUGCAGACCAGCCGGCUCAGACCAGCUGUGCAGACCAGCCGGCUCAGACCAGCUGUGCAGACCAGCCGGCUCAGACCAGUUGUGCUGACCAGCCGGCUCAGACCACUUACACUGAACCGCCAGCUCAGACCAGUUAUGCAGACCAGCCGGCUCAGACCAGUUACGCAGACCAGCCAGCUCAAGCCAGUUACGCAGACCAGCCAGCUCAAGCCAGUUACGCUGACCAGCCGGCUCAGACCAGUUACGCUGAACCACCAGCUCAGACCAGUUACGCUGACCAGCCAGCUCAAGCCAGUUACGCUGACCAGCCAGCUCAGACCAGUUAUGCAGACCAGCCGGCUCAGACCAGUUACGCUGACCAGCCGGCUCAGACCAGUUAUGUGGACCAGCCCAUGAGCAAUGAAUGUAAGGACUGUGGGGAGUGCUUUGCCACCACUGAAGACCUUGGCGCGCAUCAGAAAAUCUACGCCCAAGAGAAAUUCCACAGCGGGAAGCUGUUUGGAGACUCUGUCAUUCAGGGUGUCAGCCUCGAUGGGCCUCAGCAGGAGGAGCCUCGGCAGGACGAGCCGGAGGAGCCAGAGGAGCCAGAUGAUGAGCAGGAGGAGGCUGAAGACUCCAUCUAUGGCUGCAAGGACUGUGGGCUGGGCUUCGCGGACCGCGCAGACCUCAGGGACCACCAGAGAGUCCACGGUCGAGAGUAUGUGGUCGACAGUCGUGAGCACACGCGCUCCGUGAGCCACGCCCACCCCUUCGGCGAGCUCCAGAAGGACUACCUUGGGGAGCAGCUGUAUGAGUGCCCGGCCUGUGGGGAGUCUUUCGUUCACAGCUCGUUCCUUUUCGAGCAUCAGAGGGUCCACGAGCAAGAUCAGUUUUACGGCCGCCAGAGGUAUGAUGAGCCCUUUGUGCAGCCCUUGGUGAUCAGCCCCCCGAGGCCUCGGGUCCCACAGAAGAGUCCUCCUGCCGGGCUGUCCCUGCAGUGCCAGGUGUGCGGGCGAGACUUCAUCCACGGCUCCGUCCUGAGCCAGCACGUGAGCGUGCACACCGCGGAGGGCCUGCCGGAGCGCGGCCAGCGCAGCAGGGGCGCCGUCGGUGCAGGCUCAGCCCUCGCUGAGCUGCAGAGAGACCCGGCCGAGGAGAGGCGCUACCAGUGUGAGACCUGUGGGGAGUCCUUCCCCAGCCCGUCCGACCUGCGGGAGCACGUGAAGGCUCACGAGAGCGAGGAGCCCUAUGACUACGGUGCCGCCUUCGUCCACACCUCCUUCCUCACCGAGCCUCCCAAGGGAGACUCUCCCUUCUACGAGUGCAAGGACUGCGGGAAGUCCUUUCUGCACAGCACAGUCCUCACGAAGCAUCAGAAGCUCCAUGCGGAGGAAGAAGAAGCAGCUGCAGCAGCCCAGGAAGUUGAGGCCAAUGUGCUCGUGCCCCGGGAGGUUCUGCGGAUCCAGGGCUCAAAUGUGGAGGCUGCCGAGCCUGAGGUGGAGGCCGCAGAGCCGGAGGUGGAAGCUGCUGAGCCCAAUGUGGAGGCCGCUGAACCCAACGGGGAGGCUGAGGGGCCAGACGGGGAGGCCGCAGAGCCGAACGGGGAGGCCGAGCAGCCCAAUGGGGAGGCCGAGCAGCCCAAUGGGGACGCUGACGAACCAGAUGGUGCAGGGAUUGAAGACCCGGAGGAGAGGGCAGAAGAGCCAGAGGGAGACGCGGAUGAGCCCGACGGGGCCGGGGUCGAGGACCCGGAAGAGGAAGUCGAGGACCCAGAGAUUCAGGUGGAAGAGCCCUACUAUGACUGCAGGGAGUGCGGGGAGACCUUCACUUCUAGCGUGGCCUAUGGGGAGCACCUGAAAACCCACGCCAGGGUGAUCAUAUUUGAGGCCGGGAACGUCUGCGGGGAAAGCUCACACUACACCGAACAUGCCAGCACCAGCACCGGUGACAGCGGCAGGGCCGAUGACAAGCACUUCACGUGUGACGUCUGCGGGCAGGUCUUUGGCGACCGCUUGUCCCUGGCCAGGCACCAGAAUACCCACACUGGCUGAGGCCAUGGGCCAGGGCAGAAACCUUCACCUAGGACUGGACCUUACUAAACCACAGAGCACUGGAACCAACCCACGGUGAUGUCAGUGGGGAGCUUCCCUUGGCGUGUACACACCUGACUGAACAUGAGACAACUCAGCCCGAAAAGAAACUGAAGGUGGAGACCGUUCGGUCUCAGCUCUUCCCCAUCCAGCCUGGCGUACGCGUGUGGGGAAGCCGUCCCACACACCUUACCUUUCAUUUGAGUGAUCACAUUGAGGGAAGACCCGAGGGCUUUUCGAGGCUACGGAAAUUGCCCCAUUUGUAAAUGACACUCCUCUAACCUAUGUGUAGUGUUUCCUGAGAUGUAUAUAAAAUAGCAAAUCAUAGCAAAACAGUAAUCACGUGUACUUGGAUUCGCUGUGACACACAGUGACAGUUUACUUGAAGAGGUACCUGACGUGGUACUCUCUGAGGUUUGUUUUUUUUUUGUUUUAGGUUUUUUUUUUUUCUGGAAGAGGAAGAGAGCACCAAAUUAGAAUACAUUUGUAAGCAUCUUAGAUUCUUAGAAAGAUUUACUGUGCAUUAUUUGAACCGCAUCAGUAUCUGUGAGUAAUUGACUGUUGUUCCUGUAGAGGUGCAGGCAUGAGAGAGAAGGUGUCUUUGACACUUUGCUGUUUGAAAAGGGAAAUACUUGCAUCGCCCUUUUCAGCCACUCCGUCUACACCGACGCUUUGGAACUUAACGCUGUGUAAGCCUUUACUGUUUGUGGAUUGGCCUUUUUUAACCCCAAACCGAUCGGUUGCCACCUUGUACUUUGCAGUGAGUGGUUCUCGUGCAAAAAUAUUACAAGUUUUGUUACUUCUUUUUUUUAACCAACUUGACGUGUGUUCAGUAGUGAAUUCACAAAAGCUGACGCUUUUCCCUGUAAAUCUUACGUCUUUGCCUUUAAAGAGUGGGUUGCAACCAUCACUAGAUCACGAUCGUGCCUAAUGAGGGUUGAGAACCGCAGGGAGAAGCUCGGCGUUGUAAGCGAGGAUGCAGGCUGCCGCUCUCAUCACUUCCUCCGCGCGCUUCCUGCCUUAAGUGACCGUAGAACGCGGCUUCGUCCGCGUGUCCUGCCGCGAGUCCGUCCGCGCCCCGCGUGCCCCGGGGCUGGCACCCUUAGAGCUCUCUAGCGUUGAACUGAACUCUCGUCUUCACCUGUCUGACCCUCAACCCCUGCCUAACUUGCAUUAAAAAAAAAAAAAAAACUUUCUUUACAGUCAACUCAAGCUUAACGUGGACUCAGGUUCCCCAGCAGCCUUAAUCCGUCUCGUGCCGUCCGCCCCUUCCUAACGCGCGUGUCUCAGCGGCCCGGCGGGGCUGCGUGUCUGCCCCCGCCUCCCCUGUGAUCCAGGUUGCCCUCACGGCUCGUGGCUUCGCGUGUCCUGCGCUGGACCGUCCUCGCCGUUCGCUUCCCCUCCCCUCGCGUAAGUGGCGAUUAAGAAAUUUUUUGGCUUUGAGUUGGCUGGGAAAAAAAAAAUUUAAUUUAAAAAAAAAAAACUUAAAAAAGAGGAUCUUAUCUUGUAAAUUAAGUGAGCAAAAAUUUACGAGCAGAUCAUUUGGGCGAGCAAAAUUAAAACGCCUGCUGGGGUAAUGUGUCUGAAUCUCACUCUCCUGGACCCGCAAGGUUAGGGCUCAGGUGGAGCGGGUCUGAGCUGGAGGGAGGGAGGGAAGGCGGGCCAAACUCGAAGGAGCGGGGAGGUGAGAGCAGGAGGGGGAGGGAGUACGCCAAAGAAGGGAGUCCUCCUGCGGCGCCAGACAGGAGGGUGAGGAAGUGGACAGAAGGGACCCGAAGGCCGGGUAGGAGAAUGACUGGGCAGUUUGGAAGAAGGGGCCUUUUUCGUGGCGUGGUGUAGGCGAGGCCAGCUGCAUAAACAGACCCGAGGUUGGAAUCGACACCCCUGAAAACGGAGGGGCCGUGAGGGGCUUCGUCGGAGGCGAGGAGGACCCUUGAGGUGGGAGCCAGUCUGGGCGUCGUCAGGGUGAACGUGGGUUCCUCGCUGUGGGCACUGGUAUUCGUGGGUGGAACCUCUUCAGAAGGCGACUUGCCAGAUGUCAGGGUGUCCGUUCCAACCUUAGGUCCGUGGGAAUUAGGAACAACUUGUAAAUGCCAAAAAUAGGAGAACAAUUAAGUGAAGGCAUCCGUGGACUCUUCCGCAGCUGUUUAAAAGUGAUAAUCAUGAAGAGUGAUGUAGCAGCAUGGAAAUAUAUUUACGGAAUACGAAGUGGAGAAAACAGGACACAGAAUUAUAUUUAUACUACAGUUAUAACUGUUAAAAAUGCUUAUAGUCAAAGGCUGUUGUGCUGCUGCUGUUGUAGGCUUCUAGGUGAGCAUUAUUUUCUUAAACUUCUUCAAUGUUCUUUAUGGUAGUGUUACUAAAAGCUUAUAGUCACGUUUCCAUUGUGAACAUAAUUUGAACUCAUUAUCAGACACUUGGAAAACACAGAAAAGUGGAGGAAAGAAGAAUCCAUAUUCCCACCAUCCAAAGAGAUACACUCUUCGAGCCCUUGUUUAUUCCCGUUUCUGCGCCCAGGCUUAUAACUGUGUCAGAACGUGUCUUCGGAACGGCUGUUGCCUUUGCGGAACUGUGGCUCAGCACUUUCAUCUUAGUGUCUUCAGACCCUUACAGUAGUGCCCUGGUAACAGAGUUUAUUAUGUUUGUUUUCAUGACAAGCAUAAUACGUACCCAGAGGAAAAA